UUACAAAAGUUCAGUAGUGUUAAACAAAUUUUUUACAUUGUAAAUUCCAAAAAACAAACACAAAUUAAACAAAAAUGUCUGACGAAAAGAAGGGAUCAGAAACCGAACAUAUUAAUCUUAAAGUUUUGGGACAGGACAACGCUGUGGUACAAUUCAAAAUUAAGAAACAUACUCCUCUCAGAAAGUUGAUGAAUGCCUACUGUGACAGAGCGGGUCUAUCCAUGCAAGUGGUUCGGUUUCGUUUUGAUGGCCAACCUAUAAACGAGAACGACACACCAACCUCAUUGGAAAUGGAAGAGGGCGAUACCAUUGAAGUUUAUCAACAACAGACGGGUGGCUACAACAUUUACUAUUAAUUUUAUAUAUACAAAACAAACCAAUCUAAUUUUACUCUUAAUAAAUAUUAAAAACUCAUGAAAAAGUAAUAA